GAGCGGCUGAUUUUUUAUCUAACAACAUCAGAGUUUUAGUGGGGAGAGAAUUAAAAAGGUGUGCAAAAAAAUCACACGAAAGAUUAUAUUGUAUCAGUUUGUCACGGUGACGAAGAAUAAUGAUGGAGUAGCGAGUGGAUCGCAGAAGAUUUUCAGUCAUUCAGUUACACCAGUGCGUAGAAGAAGGAAGUUUUUCACACAGUCCCUCACAUAACAUUCCAACGUUUUGUGGUGGCUUUUCAUUGCAUAGAGAGGAAAGAAAAAGUGUGAUUCUGUGCCUAAAUUAACCGAGAAUCAUCCCAUACAGCGGAAGUGUAGAGUAAAGUAGCUCUCAAAUGGCAACGGAGUGCGAAGUUGUGGCCCCAAAGUCAAAUUCUAGGACACCUUCGUGAUCGACACACUGUGAAAAUCCACUGAGAAAUCAUGUCGUUCUUAGUUAAAUUGCUUAAAUUACUCAUCCUUUCUGCCAUUUGCAGUUGGAUUUGGGGCAUCUUCAACUGGACCAGCAAAUCACCAGUGAUGCUGAGAAGCGCAGAGAAGCGAAUAUUUUCCUACCUCAAGACGGCCUAUCGCGGCUGGUUCGUGGACAUUGGGCCGGUGGUGAGUGAUGCGGACAAGAUCUGGACAGUUUCCCUCAAUCCAGACGCCCCGAAAACCCCUCUGGUUCUGCUGCACGGCUUGGGAUCCGGCGUGGGACUGUGGAUCCUCAAUCUGGACUCCUUCGCCGAGAACCGUCCAGUCUAUGCCAUCGACAUACUCGGCUUUGGACGCAGUUCCAGGCCAAAAUUCUCCUGCGAUGCUCUGACGGCGGAAGGACAGUUCGUGGCGUCCAUCGAGGAGUGGCGACGCGAGAUGAAGCUCAACGAAAUGAUCCUCUUGGGACACUCAAUGGGCGGUUUUCUGGCCUCCAGCUAUGCCAUCAAGCACCCUGAUCGCGUGAAACACCUCAUCCUGGCGGAUCCGUGGGGAUUUCCCGACAAGCCGGCGGACAUUGGGAACAAGUACAACAUCCCGAUGUGGGUGAGGGUGCUGGCUUUCGCCCUGCAGCCCCUCAAUCCACUGUGGGCCGUCCGAGCGGCAGGACCCUUCGGACAGUGGGUCGUGUCCAAGGCCCGUCCGGAUAUCAUUCGCAAAUACACAUCAAUCGUGAAGGAGGAGGAACUCAUCCCGCAAUACAUCCACCAAUGCAAUGCUCAAACGCCAGCGGGUGAAAGUGCAUUCCAUGCAAUGAUGUCGAGCUACGGAUGGGCCAAGCAUCCCAUGAUUCAUCGCAUAAAGGAGCUGAGACAGGACAUCCCCAUCACGAUGAUGUACGGCUCUCGAUCCUGGGUGGACAAAGCCUCUGGCGAGAGUGUGAAGCUCUCCCGCAUUCACAGCUACGUGAAUCUGCAAGUUAUCAAUGGAGCGGGACAUCAUAUCUAUGCCGAUCGACCGGAGAUAUUCAAUAGAUACGUGAAUGACGCCUGUGCCUUUUGCGACGGCGAACGAAUGGCCAGUGAAUCAACAGAGAAUUCCUCAUGCGAAGUCACGACAACCACAGAGGAAAUGCCACCAAUUGACACGAACAUUGUGAAGAAUGAUGCCCAGUGACGAACACACAACUCUUGCCUCCACCCCAAAAAUACACACAUCCCCAAUGGAUAUCAACAGUGAGAUAUUUGCCCAAGAUGCAUCGCAAUGUAUUAUAUAGAGAACGUACGAUAAUGACUAAUUUAUAGUGAUGAAAUACAUAAGAGAGAAGAUUCCGCACAAAGAA